CCGGCUUUCAAUAGUGUGCCCCGACUCUGGACACUCCUCAUGGUCAAGGUCUUCAACCAGCAAUCAACGACUCGAUCAGCGACUCAGUACUGGCCAGUGAAACUUUGCAAGUCUCGCCCUCACGCCAAUAUCAUCGUCUUAUCUCGCCGUCAGGACCACUGGAAUCACUCAGCGCACGAACGUUCCUUGUCGCAAGCGGGCUCACUAGGUACGUGCUGAGAGAAGAAAGCCAAGUCACCCGCGACGCACAGCAAGUUCAUCAUGUCGUAUCCGCCGCCUCCAGGUGCGAAUCCCAGCUCGCUUCCGCCGCGUCCUCCGCCGUCAAAGGUCUCGGGCUUCAAGCCGGCCUUCUCGACGACUACAACAUCCCACACCCCAAGCCCAGGCAUCAGCGCUUCGCCCUACAGCGCGCCGCCUUCAUACACUGGCACUGCGAGCCACGCGAGCGCGCCUCCUGGUCGUUAUGGAUCGACCUAUCAACAGUAUACGCCCCAAGGGCAAAGUCAGAUGAGCGCCACUAGCUACCAAUACCCUGCUUCUACAGGGUACCCGGCAGCACAACACAGCUACUACGGCGCACAACAAGCAGACAAUACUACAUACUCGGCCACACCACAGAUCCGCAAUCCGUUUCCGGCUCCUGCGCCCCCCAGUACUGCAGCAGGCGGCCCCGGGGUAAGGACCGAUGAUAACGAUCCCGAGCUAGCGGCGCAGAUUGCGCAGUGGCAGAGCGCCUAUGUCACCGACCCGACGGCAUCGACCGCACCUGCUCCGGCACGUGCUGGGCCUGGCGGCGCUGCCAACCCCAGCGCCACAUAUCCUGGCGUACAGCCCACAACUGCCGAUCCUCAUGCGACCGGGUCCGACAAGAAGAAGACUGUGGUGCGGUCGGGUGGCGGUACGAAAUGGACCGACGACACGCUGCUCGAGUGGGAUCCCACGCACCUACGGCUUUUUGUUGGUAACCUUGCCGGAGAGACAACCGACGAGAGUCUACACAAGGCGUUCUCAAGGUGGAAGUCCUUGCAGAAAGCGCGAGUGAUUCGAGACAAGGUGACGAACAAGUCCAAGGGUUACGGAUUCGUGUCAUUCAGUGACCCAGACGAGUUCUUCCAGGCGGCUAAGGAGAUGAACGGGAAAUAUAUCCAGAGUCAUCCUGUUCGCGUGAGCAAGGCGACGACAGAGAUUAAAACGGUCAAUGUCAAGGACAAGCACGGCGGAGGAAAGUGGAACAAGAACAAGAACAAACACCGGCAAGGAGGAGGCGGUGGCGGAGGGAGUGGUGCUGGUCGUGGAGGUAAUGAUGGAGCGUACGAGGCACAUCUUGGAGCGCACGGAGGCGGCGUAACGAAGCCCGGUCAGAAGACCAAGGGCGGGCUCAAGCUUUUGGGUUGAGGGACUGUAGGCGGUGAUAACCACGCCGUGAGGCUUUUUCUGUUGUCGCUAUGGGGUUCAUUGCUACAGACGGGGUAUUUUUUUCAAGCGCACGGCCUGAUACUUCUGAAAUAUCAUUUAAGCUUCAUUCCACGAAACAC